CAUACAAUUUGAUACACUCCAAUCAAAAUUAUCUACUUAAAUUCUACCAAGUCAGAUGCCUAAUAGAUUGUUUAGCAUUCCCGCCGCAAAACGCGGGCCAAUUAUCUAGUAAUUAAUUAAGACGCUUGUUGCUCAUUGAGGUCCCUUUAUUAAAAUGCUAGGCUCGUAGAGUUUGGCUCACUGACGAGCUAUAAUCGAGUCAAGGUAGAGUUGAUCACAGGGAGCUCGGGCUUGAUUUAUAACUUGUGUUGUGCUCAAGUCGUGCCCAAUCUAAGAUAUUUUAUGUCGAGCUCGAGCCCAACCUACAGAAAAGCUCGAAUAAUCAGUUUAUCUCGUUUGUAAUCCUAAAUUGGGGAGUUUGAAGGAUGGGGUGAAUUGGACUUUUUAUUUCUCCACAUUCAUUUGCUCCAAUAAUCCGACUAUUACACUAACAACUCGCCCUUACAAAAUUAUCAUCGCGUUAAUCUAAUGACUACGGCCAUCGACGUAUUCGCAUGGAACUUGAUUCCAGAUGUGCGAUUCAGCUACUCCAGAGUAGUGAGGCGAUGAAUCACCAUGAGGCCGCUAUUAUUGGCCGUUUCCAGGACCUUCUUUCUCGAGACUGGGUAGUCUCGAUCUCCCAUAUCUACAGAGAGGGGAAUAAAUGCGCGGACUAUUUGGCUAGUAGGGGUCACACUCUUCCCUUGGGGUUUCACGAUGUGUCAGAUUCUGAUCCUGGGUUAUGUAAUUUUCUCUUGUACGAUUGUCAAGGACUCUCUGAGUCCCGUUGGUUGUGAAUGAAAGCUGACAUGCGCUGCAUCCAUUUACCAAAAAAAAAAACUAUGCACCCUAAAAAAAAUCUUUAAAAAAAAAACCACGAUGCACCCAAAAGUCUUAUCUAGCGUCCGUAAGCAUGUGCUCAUUGAUCGUGUCGUGAUCACCGUUUUUAUUGCAUCUGCCCAAUAAGACAGCAAUGAGAGUCUCCAUCUAUCCAAUAUUCAAUGUCACACUCUAAAUAUAGAGAGCCAUAUUAAAUUCUGCAAUACGUCCUCCCAACUAACCCAUCUAUUAUAUUAGUCGAGGUGAUGAGCUCCAUUGUUGAUAGCCAAAAAAAAUUCUGGAGUAGCAGUGUUACCUUGUCACCCACGGUAACCCUUCCCGUCUUCCUUCCGCCUCCUCCGCAAACACAAUAUGACUACGGCAGCCGACACCACCACCGCCGCCGCCUCUAGCAAUGCUACCGCCGGCAAGGUCAUCACCUGCUACGCUGCGGUGGCGAGGGGUCCACACGAACCUCUGGUUCUGGAAGAGGUAGAGGUGGACCCGCCGCAGAAGAUGGAGGUCCGUCUAAGGAUCCUCUACACCUCCGUCUGCCACACGGACCUGAGCGCGUGGCGUUCGGAGGUGCCCGAGGGACAGCGAGCGUUCCCUCGGAUCUUGGGCCAUGAGGCGGUUGGCGUCGUGGAGAGCGUCGGCGAAGGGGUGACCGAUGUCGGGGAAGGGGACUACGUCAUCCCCAUCUUCAACGGCGAGUGCGGCGAGUGCGCCUACUGCAGGUCGCCGACGACGAAUCUCUGCCGGCGUUACCGGGUCGACCCGCUCCGGUCCGUCAUGAGGAGCGACGGCGCGUGCCGGUUCAGGAGCCGGGCCGACGGCCGGCCCAUCUUCCAUUUCCUCAACACCUCCACAUUUUCUCAGUACACCGUCCUCGACUCCGCUUGCGUCGUCAACAUCCACCGUUCCCCCGCCGCCUCCGACCGUGCUGAUGCCGACGUUCCGCCGCCUCCUCCGCCGUCUCCGCGUCAUCUCAAGAUGAUGAGCUUGUUCAGUUGUUGCGUCUCCACUGGUGUCGGGGCGGCAUGGAAUGUUGCAAAUGUGCAAGCUGGAUCAAGCGUCGCCAUCUUUGGGUUGGGAGCUUUGGGACUCGCUGCAGCACAAGGAGCGAAGGUGAGAGGAGCUUCCAAAAUCAUAGGGGUUGACAUCAAUCCCCAGAAGUUCAUCAAGGGAAAGGCAAUGGGAGUGACAGACUUCGUAAACCCAAUGGAUAGCUCAAAGCCUGUCCACGAGAGAAUCAGGGAAAUGACAGGUGGCGGUGGCGUCGACCACAGCUUGGAAUGCGUAGGGAACCCACAAGUCCUCCGAGAGGCCUUCCUGUCCACCCACGAUGGAUGGGGGCAAACAGUGCUAGUAGGGAUUUACUCGACUUCCCAACUGUUGCCUCUCCACCCGAUGGAACUUUUCGACGGUCGGAGCAUCACCGGGACAAUCUUCGGCGGUGUCAGGGGGAAAUCCCAACUUCACCACAUUGCCCAUCGAUGCCUCCAACCUGAUAUGAAUAUGGAAGAGCUUAUAACCCACGAGCUUCCCUUCGAAAAAAUCAACGAGGCAAUGCAUCUGCUCGCAGAUGGGAAAGCUUUGAGAUGCAUCAUGCAGUUGUGAGUUCUAAAGGUAUACAAAUGUGUAGUGUGCAGAGAGAUAAUUAAAACAGAAUCAGAGAU